GUUCACCACGCCCGCUUUGAGAAGCAUCAUGGCUGCAUUGGGAGUAGAAGUGAUUGUGGCGAAGGAUGAUGGAGAAACAAACACAGCUGUCAAAGUUCCCGAAAGCGUCUUGCGAAGAGAUCAAGCGAGGCUGGAAGAGGCGGAGCGCCGAAAAAACGCCAAGCAAAGCCAAACCGUGACGGAAGAAAAGAGCGACUUCUUUACAUCCACUUUCAACGCUGAGAAAACACAACUCGAGCAGAUGAUAUCCAGCUGUAACGACCGCGAGAAAGCCGCAAAAACACUGGAGGAGGCAACGGUGAAGUUUCAACAGCUCCAGAAGUUCCUCAACGACAGCGUGAUGUUUUUAACCCAAUAUGAAAUACGACAAGCACAGGAAUCUCUACAGAAACUCCAAAGCUCCAUUUCUGACAAAAGAGAGGAGGUUCUGCCUAAAAAGAAAUUCGCUUUUAGAUCCAGAAACACGAGUAAGCAGCAGCAGCCUACACCCAUUCAGCAACAAACACCUGCUAAACCUGCGUCAGAUUUAGUUGGCACUGUAGUGGUGGAUGCUGCCAUCCCUGCAGAUCAAUAUGGAUUCUCCAAUUUUGACAAUCAAGUCUUAGUCAAGCAAGCCGAGGAGAUCCAGCAGCGAGAUGUUUUGCUGUCUCACCUGACCCACUGUCAAGUCAGACUUUAUGGCUGUCCGAGCACCUUGCACAUCAGAAACAUCCGCAGCUGUGAGAUCCUGUGCGGGCCGGUGUCCAGCUCUGUGUUUGUAGACCAGUGCACUGACAGCACUUUAGUGUUCCCCUGUCAGCAGCUGCGCACCCAUAACACCACUGCCACUCGGGUAUAUCUGCAUGUGACCAGCCGGGCAAUUAUAGAGGACUGUCACGGGCUCAGCUUUGCCCCAUUCACAUGGACCUAUCCAGGCAUUCGUGAUCAUUUCAAAGUAGCCGGACUGAGUCCUGAUAGGAAUAAUUGGAGAGAAGUGGAUGAUUUCAACUGGCUCGCCACUGGGACACCAUCACCCAACUGGACUGUCAUUCCUGAGACUGAGAGAAUAUGUAGUUGGGAUUUUGUGGGAGCUGCAGCUGAGCAAUCAUGAUGGGAUUAUAUUGUCGUGUGAUUGGUUAAUGCACUAAUAUUGAGAUGCCAUAAACACAAUGUUUAAGAGUUCCUCAUUUACAAUGGUCAUAAAAUAACUGGAUGCUGUAUAUUAAUAUAAUAAAUACAAACACUGAUUUUA